UAAAAUAAAGAGUUUUAGCCAAAAAAAAGAGACCAAGGACACUAUGUCUAUAUUCCUAGGUUUCCUCUUCCUCUUCCCUCUCUUUUGGAUUCUAUUUAAAAAGCUUUUACCUUCGGAAAGAACGCUUCCUCCGGGGCCUAAGGGUCUUCCGAUCAUAGGAAACUUGCACCAGAUUGGAAGACUACUUCACAGUUCUCUUUACAAGCUUUCUUUAGAGCAUGGACCAGUGAUGCUUCUCCGUUUCGGGGUCGUCCCUAUGGCCGUGUUCUCUUCCAAAGAAGCAGCUAAAGAAGUUCUCAAGACUCAUGAUUUAGCGACUUGCGACCGACCUAAGCUGGUCGCCAACGGGUUGUUUACUCACAACUUCAAAGACAUCGGUUUCACUCAGUAUGGUGAGGAAUGGCGAGAGAUGAAAAAGCUCGUGGGGGUCGAGCUCUUCAGUCCAAAGAAGCACAAAUCUUUCAGGUAUAUCAGAGAGGAAGAGGGUAACUUUCUUGUCAAGAAACUAUCCGCUCAAACACAAACCUUGGUGAACUUGAGAAAACCCCUUUUCUCCUACACCGCCGGUAUCAUAUUUAGAGUCGCCUUUGGACAGAACUUCCACGAGUACGAUUUUAUCGAUAUGGACAAACUUGAAGAGCUGGUGCUUGAGGCAGAAACCAACGUAUGCAGCUUGGCAUUCACUGACUUCUUCCCCAUAGGUCUCGGUUGGCUUGUAGACCGGAUCUCCGGUCAGCAUUCAAGGAUGAACCAAGCCUUUAUGAACCUUACCAAUUUCUUUCAGCAUGUGAUCGAUGAGCUUUUGAAGACUAAACAACUUCAAGAUCACUCAGACCUCGUCACUGCCAUGUUAGAUAUGAUCGAUAGACCCACCAAAUCCGGUUCUUUACAGAUCACUUCCGAUCAUCUCAUAGCAAUGAUGUCGGAUGUGGUUUUGGCGGGAGUGAACGCAGGAACAGUCACAAUGUUAUGGACGAUGACAGAGCUAGUAAGAUAUCCAAGAGUAAUGAAGAAGCUCCAAGAAGAGAUUCGAGCAACACUAGGAUCCAACAAAGAGAGGAUCACAGAAGAAGAUCUAGAGAAAGUUGAGUACUUGACGUUGGUGAUCAAAGAAACUUUCAGAUUACAUCCACCAGCUCCUCUCUUGCUACCAAGACAAACAAUGUCAGACAUCGAGGUUCAAGGCUACCACAUUCCCAAGAACUCCCAUAUAAAGAUCAACACUUACACUAUAGGACGUGAUCCCAAAUGUUGGACUAACCCUGAAGAAUUCAAUCCGGAGAGGUUUUCCGAUACCUCUAUAAACUACAAGGGUCUGCAUUACGAGCUCUUGCCCUUUGGAGCCGGUCGUAGAAGCUGUCCUGGUAUGAAUUUGGGAAUGACCAUUCUUGAGCUAGGCCUUCUUAACAUUCUUUACUUCUUCGACUGGAAUUUACCCAACGGAAUGACCAUUGAAGACAUUGACAUGGAAGAAGACGGAGCUCUGAACAUCGCCAAGAAAGUCCCUCUUAAGCUCGUACUAACUCUUCCAUCAUCAGUCAUGAACAAAUGAAUUAAAUAAGAUCAAGACAAGAUUUGUAUGUUUGCCUCUAACGUGGUAUUUGGUUUUUCUUUCCUUUUUAAUUUUUAAUUUUUUUUGUCUUACGUUUAUCCUGGUUGGCUUGUAUUGCGAAAUUAGUAUACAUCUAUGUUUCUUAUCUUCGAUAAAAACUACUUUA